AUGGAAACUAAAAUUAGCCCGUGUUUUGUUCGGAUGAGUACCGAGGUGCCGCAAAAUUCCAACACCACAGCGGCCCCUCCACCAUCGCAAAAGGACUUGGAUGAUCUCCUUUCUGUUAACAAACAAUUAGCACAUGAUCGCGAAGAAUUCGAAGAUAAAUAUAAAAGAGCUCUUGCGGAGGCCGAAAAUGUUAGAAAGCGUAUGCUUCGUCAAAUAGAUGAGGCCAAACUUUUCGGUAUUCAGUCUUUCUGCAAAGAUCUGCUUGAAGUGGCGGAUAUUUUAGAAAAAGCCACUGAAAGCGCUCCUGAAAGCCAGCUCGAAGAGGGUGUCAACCCGCAUUUUCGACAGUUGUUUGAAGGAUUAAGGAUGACUGAUGCUCAACUAAUGAAGGUCUUCGGGAAACACAAUUUGCACAAGAUUGCUCCAGAGAUUGGGGAAAUUUUUGACCCAAAUAUACACGAAGCAAUGUUCACCAUCCCAUUGAAUGGUGAAAGCAAGCCAAAUACUGUUGCCGUCGUCCAAAAAGUGGGCUACCGUCUGCAUGAUAGAACUCUGCGUCCUGCUUACGUCGGGGUCUUUGCAAAGUGA